GUAAACACCAAUUUGUCAUUCCUUUAUUCUUUUCCAGCAAUUUUAAGGGCUAAACUUCGUCUAGAGAAUGAGUACAGAUUCAUUUAGAAAUGCUAAAGGUGACAAAGAAUUCUUUAAUCAAAAUAAUAAUUGAAAUGAACACUUCGAAGAAAAUAAAGACUCGUGGCAAAUUGGUGACAACAAUUUAGCGAAAAGGGAUCCUCCAAUGGUACUCUCCAAUACAGAAUCUUUUAACCAGCAACAGAAGGUUGGGAAUAGGACUUUUCCAGAAGAUUUAGCGAACGCUACCAAAAGAAGAACCAGUAUGCUCAAAAAUAAUUCCCAACUCAGCGCCUGAAUCCUACGAAGUUAUAAAAAGGAAUCUGAGAACAAAUCCAAACAAGUCUUUAAAAAGUUGGAUGUAAAGCAGAUUGCUGAAAAUAAAGAAUGUAAUAUAGAAUUCAGCUUCCUAAGAGCAGCCAAGAUAAUGAUCUAUCACCUCCUUUUCUUUAGCAUCGGAAUAUUCGGAGCUCUAAUAAUCAUGCUGAUCGAAGGCUACCAGUUUACCAGAAAUUUGGGGUUUAUUGGAAUGAAUUGGAGAAUAGUGCUUCCUCAAUAUGUUGUUCAGAUACUCUGAGUCGGCUUCAUAAGUAUUGUAGCAUGUUUUCCAACCAAAGGACUUACAUACUAUGAGAUAGGAUUUCUGGUUUAUAUAGUGACAGCCAGAAGCUUUGUAAUAGCAGUGAGAUAUGGCUUCAUGUCAAGAGCCAGAUACAAACUGUACAAAUCUAAGACAAAUUUUUCUUGGAUUUCUCAAGAUUUGCUACUAUUCGGAUGGUUAAAGAUGUCUCCUUCUUCACUGAGAGAACAAGUCAAUGCAACAAAACACAGGAUAAAAAUACUGGAUGAAGAGUGGAACUUCAACUUUGUUGAAUCCCUUCCUUUAGAUCUUCACUUAAAACUGUGAAAUCUUGACUAUUAUCUAGACGAAGGGUUUAACGAAAAAGAUUACAAGUGUAAAAUCAAAAGUGCCAUAAAGGUGCAUCAAAUGAGGAAGUCAAAGAAAUCUUCUUUCGUUGGUGAGAAUCUUGAUAUGAUCCACCGAGUUUUUAAGCAAAGCAGUGCUGAUGGAAACAGACAAACGGACAAGUUUGAUUUCGAAAAAGAGUUCUUAUCAAGUAUCGAUGAAGAAAACACUCCUUCUUGUAACCCAAGCUAUAAAGCUCAAUCAGUGCUUAGAGAGAUGCUAAUGUUAGACUCUGUGCAUCAUGGCGUUCCAAGAUAUGCGCUAUGAGUUGUAAUCAUCAGGAUACUGCUUCAAGUUGUCUGCCAAUAUUUUGAAAAUAAUCGCUCAUUCGUCUUUCACUGGUAUGAAUACCUUAUAACAAUAUGGUAUUUAGGUACUUUGCUCUAUAUUUAUAAAGCAAAUUUAAUUUUUGUGAUAGCUGGACUGGUCGACUUCAAAAGGAAGCUAUUCUUAAUGAAGGUUCUCAAAUCUCUGAUCUCUAUUGAUAAAGACAAGAAUUUUAUACUUUCCUCAUAUUUUCCUACUAUUAAUUUAUGCUGCCAUAAGAAUCUGAAAUCUUGGAUGAUUCUGAGAGAGGCUUGUUUAGAUGUAGGUAAGAAGUAUACAUACAGAAUCUUUUUAUACUGCUCUGUGUUCCUUGCCUUCAAUUUGGCAUUUCUUGGGUUCCUACUAAUGAGAGUCUUUGGAGUAUUCUCCUAUAGUCUUCCAAUAGCUGUCUCUGUCACAGGAACAUAUGAUGUUUUAUUCAUUCUUUGAGUACUAUUCAAAAUGCUCAGAACUGGAGCUCAAGUUAAUGCUUGAUUUGAUUCCCACAAAGGGGAACUGAUCAAGAUAAAGAAGUUAUUAUAUGAGGUUAAGAGCGAUCUUAAUACAUACCUCAGAAAAGAUUUCUCAAAGUGAGAAUCCAGACAGUUACUUUCGAAAAUGCUAAGAACUUGAGGAGAUGUUUACAAAAAUGAUAGAUUUGUGGAAAAAGCUUUAGAUCAGAUUGACAUGGUAAUUCAAGAUCUCGAGUAUCAAAAAGAGACUCAACCUCUAAAACUAUUGGGCUUUACAGCUUCAAAUGAACUCCUAACUUCAGUCUAUACAGGACUGGCUUCUCUCAGCUUUGCAAUCAUCCAAUUCUUCUUGUCUGGGCUAUAAACCAGUCAAAUUUCAACUACUGUAA